UCAGCUCUUGCCCACUGAGAUGUGGCAUCUUGCUCUGGCACACAGUGGGUCAAUUCUGCUGUUACAGAGAGGCUUCUGAGUGGCUCUGGAAAAACUCUGAGCCUCUGUAAAGAACUAGGUUUUAGCAAGGACACAAAAUGCCAAUAUUCCAGUAUUUAAUUUCCUGCAUCUGAGAAAUUGUUCACGCAAUUGUAAAUGUUCUAGCAGGCAAGAAGAGGAAUUAUGGCUGAGCUAUAAUUCUAAGGGCCUGUUGUAAGGACUGGAGAGGAGGAAAACCUCCCCUGCCCAAGCUGCUCUUCAGAGAGGUGAGGAGGGACUCUGCUCCACUGAAGGAAGAGGGUGGCACUGUCUGGCUCCUCACACAACAGGAACACCCGGGGGUUUAGCAGCGCGAGUAAGGGCGAGUGCUCCCAAUUCAAGGAGGAUAAACAUUUACCAGUGUUGUAAUCAGCUUGUCAUAUCUGGGUCUUAGAAUAAUUAAACCAGCAAGAAGAGGCCCUGACCAGUGUCAGGGGAGGACACAAUUUGCUAAAAGCCACAUAGUUAGAAUUUAACUUCUGUGCUGUGAUCCCAAACUCUUACAAUCUCAGUGUGGAACCCAUCUCUCUCAUCUGGCAGACAAGGGCUCUCAGAGCAGGCAGGGUUUCAAGGGGAAAUGGCUGGUUUCCUCUCAGACCUGGUUCAAUACCGGAGGCUAUGGCUAAUGAUUGUGGUGCUGGGAAUUGGUGGAACCCACCUCUCUGGUUUUCAAAUGUCUGUGAUCAAUUACACUUCUCUGUACAUUCAGAAGUUUAUCAAUGAAACUUGGCUGGAGCGAUACGGUUCUGUGCUGCCUCAGGAGACCCUGAUGCUACUGUGGUCCCUCAUCGUGUCGGUGUACUGCAUGGGUGGGAUGAUAGGGUGUCUGUGUAGUGGGUACCUGGCUGCAAAAUUUGGAAAGAAGAAAUGCCUACUGCUCAACGACUUGCUGCUAAUUACAGCCACGCUGCUCACUGGCUUCAGUAGGAGAGCCAAGGCUUUCGAGAUGAUCCUGGCUGGCCGCUUCCUUGAGGGCAUCGGUGCUGGAAUACAUAUGAAUGCCCAUGUUCAGUACGCUGGAGAGAUCUCACCUAAGAAGUUACGUGGAUUUAUAAAUGUGACCUCCACAGUGUUUCUUGCACUAGGAAAAACUGUAGCGAGAAUUCUUGGAUUAAGAGAUCUUUUAGGAACUGAAGACAUGUGGAACGUGCUAUUGUCCUUCUCUGGGUUGGUGGCAUUGAUUCAACUGCUCUUUUUGCCAUUCUUUCCUGAGUCCCCGCCCUAUCUCUUGCUGCAAAAAGAAGACAAAGCUGGUUGCUUGAAAGCCAUGAAGCAGCUCUGGGGAGAAGGCAAUUAUCACACAGAAUUUGAUGACUUGAUGAAGGAAAAGGCUAUAACAAAAGGCACCAAAAUCAUGAAUGUCCUGGAGGUGCUGCGAGAACGAUCCGUGUACCCACAGCUGUGCACCAUGCUCCUGUUGUUGCUGAGUCUGCAGCUCUGUGGCAUGAGUGCAAUCACCUUUUACACCUCAGAAAUUUUUCGGACAGCCAACCUGCAGGAAAGCAUAAUCCCAUAUGUAUCUCUAGGAGUUUCAAUCUCUGAACUCAUCUCUAUCAUAUUCUGUAGCUCCAUAAUCGAUCGGUUUGGACGCCGAACGCUCCUGUGUGGUGGUUAUUUGCUCAUGGCACUGAUCCUGGUGUUGCUUGAAACGAGCCUUCUGCUGAGUGAUCAGUUCCUCUGGUUGCGUUACUGCAGUGUUGUUCUCAUCUUUCUGUUCAUCAUUGCUUAUGGAAUAGGACCAGCUGGAGCUGUUGUGUCUGUCAUGAAUGAAAUCUUCACCCUCUCAGCAAGAGCCUCUGCUUUUGUAAUUGGUGGAAUCAUCAUUUGGCUAGGCCUCACCUUCACUGGAAUGAUUUUCCCCUUUGCUGUAAUGCUUCUUGGUCCUUUUUGCUUCCUCAUCUUUAUUGUUGUCCUGAUCAUUUCAGCGGUUCUUAUCUACCUGUUUCUCCCAGAAACAAAAGGGAAGUCGACCUCUGAAAUCACAGAAAACUUCAAAACCUGCCAGUUUUUUAAGAGGAAACAUCAUCAGGCUGUGGAGAUGCAUGCUGCUGAAGAAAAGACAUUUUGCACCAAGCUCUGAUAAGCCACCAUAAAUAAUUUCCACUGCUCAGGCAUAACACAUCAAUUGUAUUUCAAGUUUUUCUCCAUUGUUAUCAUUUUAAAGCAGCAAGAUUUGUGUCUAUGUUUCUUACUUUAUAAAGAAGUUCUGCUCAGGAUUAAGAGCAGCAUGAAGAUAGGAUUAAACAUAGCCAUAGUUCUUGCAAACAAUUUUCAUGUCAUUUCUUUAUGCUAUCACACUGUAAAGGACUUAGUAUUGCUUGUGAAUGUUGCCCAUGAACAAAUACCUGGUAGAAUAUAAAUACAUGGUAGAAUACAAAUACCAGGAAGAGUACAA